CUUGGAUGCAAGGCAAGAUAUAGUGGUCGUUGAAGUCCCUAAACUUGGGAAAGAAGCGGCCCAAAGGGCCAUCAAGGAAUGGGGCCAGCCCAAGUCCACAAUCACCCAUUUGGUCUUUUGUACCACUAGCGGUGUGGACAUGCCCGGGGCCGACUACCAGCUCACUAAGCUUCUUGGGCUCAAACCCUCCGUCAAAAGGCUUAUGAUGUACCAACAAGGCUGCUUCGCCGGCGGGACGGUUCUCCGGCUGGCCAAGGACUCGCCGAGAACAACAAGGGCGCUCGGGUUCUGGUCGUCUGCUCGGAAAUCACCGCCGUCACCUUCCGAGGCCCAAGUGAUUCGCAUCUGGACAGUCUGGUGGGCCAGGCUCUAUUCGGAGAUGGGGCCGCGGCGAUUAUAAUAGGGUCAGACCCAAUUGCGGGCCUAGAGAGGCCCUUGUUCGAGCUGGUCUCGGCGGCCCAAACUAUUCUGCCGGAUAGCCACGGCGCCAUCGACGGGCACCUCCGGGAAGCCGGCCUGACGUUCCAUUUGCUGAAAGACGUUCCGGGGCUGAUAUCUAAGCACAUAGAGAAGAGUUUGAAGGAAGCAUUUCAACCGCUGGGAAUUACCGAUUGGAACUCGGUUUUCUGGGCCGCUCAUCCGGGCGGGCCGGCAAUUCUGGACCAAGUUGAAGCCAAGUUGGGUCUGGAGCCCGAGAAACUUCGGGCCACCCGACAUGUGUUGAGCGAGUAUGGGAAUAUGUCCAGCGCCUGUGUGUUGUUUAUUUUGGAUGAGAUGAGGAAGGCCUCCGCUGAAGGUGGGCUGAGCACCACGGGUGAAGGGCUGGAUUGGGGGGUCUUGUUCGGGUUCGGGCCUGGACUCACUGUCGAGACCGUUGUCCUUCAUAGCGUCUCAACUCACUAAUUCAUUAAUUAGUGAAAAUAAGUUUUUAAUUAUGUUGAUACGGUUAUUAUCCAUUUCUAUAUGUAUUUACGUCAUAACAAUAACGAUGGAGUAAUAUAUUACGUAUAAUGUAAUACUCUGUAUCUAAUAUUACCUUUAUCCUAUUCCAAUAAAAC